AUGGAUGAAUCUGACUUCCCUGCGUCACUUCUACAGAAAGCCUGCGACUCCAAAAUGGAGAUUGACCCAAGCCCCGCCAAGCGCACCUCGCGCAAGCACCUCCGCUCCAGCGACGAUGACAACUACGACUGGAGCUCCGAUAGCACUGGACAAUUUGACGAUGCUGAAGAAACAUGCCCCGAAGACUACCGCUCUCUGACUGGAAACUUGGCCAAACGACGUCGAUCGAACGAUUGGCCUCUGCCCGAAGAAGCUGCCGACUACGGUGCCAAUGAUCAUGGCACGCAACGCAGCGAAAAUGGCAACCUUACUGUUGGUGGAUUUUGCUCAAGCCGCAAAAGUUCGCCGCGUGCUUCACCUCGUGGCUCGCUGGCAUCGUUACGCGCCCGACAUGCCGCCGCAUCUUCUUCCAGCCCCCGCCGCCUUAGAGGCCGUACGUCAAGAUUUGUCGAAGCCACAAUGAGCGAUAGUGUGAGCGAGAAGCCGCCCAGCAUCUACUUCCGCGAUCGUGAGAACAAACCGGCCGGCAGUUCGAACCGCUCGUCGGGUAUUUUUCGUUUUGGCAAGGCUAUUGCUUCAGCUUUCAAUCCAUUCGGUGGAUGGGGGAAGAAUUCUGAAGGAUCACCAAACAAAUCGCCUCAGAAGGAUGUAAUAAAUCAAGCCGAACAGGCCUAUGCCGAAUUGAAGAAGGCUGGCUAUAAAGGCACAAAUAAGGGACAUUACAUUGAGACCCACGGUGUCGACUGUGCUCUCGCAGACAAGACUUGGCAGUCUAUCCAGGAAAAGAUGGAGCACGGGUCUUCGUUGAAAGAUUCGCGUCGACACUCAAUGGAUCGUGGAGAACGUGCUGUACACUCGCGCUCCGCUUCUGGGGCUUCUAAACGUUCCUCCAUCCAGGAUCUUCGCCUACCGAAGUCGCUGUUCCAUAAAUCGCACGAGUCACCAUCUGCUCCCCCGGCAGUGUAUUGUGAUAGAACAUCCGAGGAAUCUGAGACGACUGGCCUUCGCAAGCAGCCUUCGCGCAAGGAACUUUCGCGACAAACCAAGCUGCUCAAGAAAGUUAGCAACCUCGAGGACAAGCUGGAACGUGCUCGGCGGGAACUUCGUGAGCUAACCGGCAACGAGGCGCGGGCCGUGGCGCCUACACCCAAGCCGACUAUCACCAACUCCGAAAUGGACCCAUCAUCAUUCCCACGGAAGUUUGUCCCCGGUGCUCUCCCGACUCUGCCGUCCGAACGACUUUUAGACCAACAAGCAGCUGAAUUUGAGUCGUCUGAAUCCAGAAUACCCGGUCUUACCGCCCUGCCAUCUACGGAGGAUCGGGAAACCUUUUCGUUGAAAGAAGCACAACCGUCUCAAAGCCCGGCUGCGGUCAGAACUCCAAAAAGGCGCUCCAAAGAGAUAUGGCCAUCGCCCAUGGGUAAGGACAGUCUUUCCCGUAAACGGAAGUCCCCCAUUCCUGAACCUAUCGAUAGUCGGAAUCCUCCUCAGCCCAGUUCGACGGACCACAUCAACGAACCCGACCUCGAGGACUUGAUGGACUUUGGUCUGCUCAGCCCACCCGGCAAAGCGAAAUGGCAGAAAACAGAAGCUGGCGAGAGUCCAGGCUCAGCAAAGCGCAAGCAAGCGACAGAUCAACCUCCCUCAAACGACCAUGACAUGAAAAAAACAGGAGGAAGCGCAAGUGCGCGCAGCAGCAAAAGGUCUCCCUACGUUUCACCCCGAAAACUUUCCGGCACCAACCGCUCACCAAGUUCCAAGCCCACAACCCCCCGCGGAAUCCUGUUAAAAAGGACCACUUCAAACAGCCGCCUGAGGUCCUCACCUCCACCUGCCUCGGCAUUAACUCUCUCCACAUCAGAAAACCCCAGGGAUAUCUCGUCUUCUCCUACCGCUUUGCAAGACAAUUCUCAACGCGCUUUUUACCUCCAGCCGCAACUUCAACUGAAUCCCGACCGUAGCCCCCGCACCCCUUCGAGGUCUAAGACUAGUCCCGGCCGCUCGACCAGAUACCGCCGUGACGAAGAUAUCCCACCUGUGCCGCCCCUUCCUGAGGAGUUGCGCUCGAGUGCUGCCAAGGUUCAUGUCAAUAAGUCGCCUAAGAAGAGGCCUGUCUCUGCGCCGGUCUUUUCCCCGGUUUCGGCUUCGGCCUCGACUACGGAUACUAUGAUCCCUGGUGUUGAGGAUUAUCAGUGGCCCGAGGAGAUUUUUUAA